UCCUGCCUUGGGGCUGAGGGCAUAGCUGAGUCGUAGACAAGCCCAUCCCCUCGUCCCAGGCCCUGGGUUUGAUUCCCAGCACUAACAAAAGAAAAAACUCCCCUUUACAAAGUUGAUCUUAUAGAAGGAAGGGGGUAGAGCAACAUAAAUAAUGCAUGGAUAUUAGGUGAUCAGCACACAGUAGGACCUCAACAAAUAUUGAUUCAAUGCUACCUACCUGUCCCUUUGCCUCUAAACAGUUUACUCUGACCUCUCUCCACUGUUGUCUUUCUUCCCUCCUCACUGGCAGACCUGGCUGUUUAUAUCUCUUUCCUGAGUUGCCUGUUUGGGGCAUGGAGCUGCCACUGCCACCUAGUGACGUUGACAUGGGCCUGGGCACCUGGAACCCCAACUCCCAGGAGGAGAGUCAUGAGGCUUUGGAACACAGCAAGGAUGCUAUCAAGAAGUUGCCCGAGUACAAGGCAGUGUUGUUUGGUACUAGUGGUGUGGGCAAGAGUGCAUGACUGACCAUCCAGAUGACCCACCAGUGCUUCUUGGAGGACCAUGACCCUACCAUCCAGGAUUCCUACUGGAAGGAAAUAGCCCUGGGCAAUGGGGGCUACAUUCUGAAUGUGUUGGACCCAGCAGGGCAAGACAUCCAAAGGGCCCUGCAGAACCAGUGCUUGGCAGCUGGUGAUGGCAUACUGGGUGUCUUCACUCUUGAUGAUCCUUCAUCUCUGGAUCAGCUGCAGCAGAUGCGGGCCACUUGGGGCCCUUGCCACACUCAACCCCUCGUCCUGGUGGGCGACAAGUGUGACCUCGUGACUGCUGCUGGAGAUGCCCAUGCCACCGCUGCAGCCCUUGCCCAAAGCUGGGGGGCUCCCUUCGUGGAAACCUCAGCCAAGACACGGCAAGGUGUGGAGGAAGCCUUUUCCCUGCUCAUCCACGAGAUCCAGAGGGUCCAGGCAGCCAUGGCAGAAGCAGGUGGGAAGAGGGCCCACCACCAGAAGGCUGUGUGUAGCUGUGGCUGCUCUGUGGCCUGAAGAUCUGUCAGGAAAAGCAGCCUGUCCCUCAUGCCAGGGUGGUGUUCCCUUGAUAGAGACACCUCAGGAGCAAUUAGUAACACGGACACGUGCCAGUGAUUGGCCAUAGAUGGACCCCUUUCUUCCUUUCAUUUGGUGAGGAGCUUUUUGGUGACAUGGGGCUGUCUAGUGUUGGCUGUGUUAUGUCAG